AUUUUCCCAACGUCUUUCUUGCUUUAGCUAAAAUACUUUACUCUUUUUUCAAUACACACACACAGAGUACCCCUUUUUCUUCUUUCCACUGUUCUCACUGUCAAAGCUAAGCUUUCACACUCUUUUUCUCUCUUUCUUUCUCUUAAACUCCAUUACUUAGCUUUCUCUGUACUAUCUUCUUGGUUUUCUGGUGUACAAAGGUAAAGUCUUUAAGACCCCUUUUCAUUUUUCUUGUUUCUUUUUUUGUUUGUUUCAUCAAUUUGGUGGUAAAAAUGCAGUCUUUUUUGUGUUUGAGCAUUUUCUUGCUUAGCUGAAAUCUGUACUUUCUUGGUUUUCUAGUGUACAAAAGUUAUAUCUUUAAGACCCCUUUUUCCCAUUUUCUUGUUUGUAAAAAUGCAAUCUUUUUUGUGUUUUUGCAUUUUCUUGGUUGUGUGUAGUUGUUGUGUUUUAGUGAGUUGUUUGAAUGAUGAAGGGAUAGCUCUUUGGUCAUUCAAAAAGGGUAUUAGACAAGACCCUUUAGGGUCACUAAAUAAUUGGAAUGAUUCUGAUGAAACACCUUGUUCUUGGAAUGGUAUUGCAUGCAAAGACUUAAAAGUUAUAUCUGUUAGUAUACCAAAAAAGAAACUCACUGGGUUUCUUUCUUCUAGUCUUGGAUCUCUUACUGAACUUAGACAUGUUAAUUUAAGGAGUAAUUUCUUUUCUGGUAGUUUACCUGUUGAGCUUUUUGAAGUUCAAGGAUUACAAAGUUUGGUUCUUUAUGGGAAUUUAUUCUCUGGGGGUAUACCUUAUGAAGUUGGAAAGCUAAAUUACCUUCAAACUUUGGAUUUAUCACAAAAUUUCUUGAAUGGGUCUGUUCCUACAACAUUGCUUCAGUGUAAGAGGUUGAAGGUUCUUGAUUUAAGUCAAAACAAUUUUACUGGUUUUUUACCAGAGGGGUUUGGGGGUAAUUUGUCUGCUUUGGAGACACUUAAUCUUGCAUCCAACAAAUUUGAUGGUCCAAUUCCUAGUGACUUGGGAAAUUUGUCUAAAUUGCAAGGAACUGUUGAUUUAUCUCAUAAUAUGUUUAGUGGUUCGAUUCCGCCCAGUCUUGGUAAUCUUCCAGAGAAGGUGUAUAUUGAUUUGACUCAUAACAAUUUAAGUGGUCCAAUUCCACAAAAUGGUGCUCUAAUUAACAGGGGACCUACUGCUUUUAUUGGAAAUCCCGGGCUUUGCGGGCCUCCAUUGAAAAACCCUUGUUCCGCACAAAGUGAGGCAAGUUCACCGGCCUCGGACCCUUUUUUGCCCAAUAAUAUACCUCCGUUGGACGGUGCUGGAGGUAACGGGAGUGCUAGAGGUUUAAGUAGAGGUGCUGUAAUUGCGAUAAUCGUGGGGGACGUGGUUGGAAUUUGUGUUAUUGGGUUGUUAUUCUCAUAUUGCUAUUCGAGAAUCUGUGCGUGUGGGAGGAAAAAGGAUGAAUCUGGCUUUGGUUUUCAGAAGGGGCGAGGGAAAGGAAGAAAAGAGUGUUUAUGUUUUAGGAAGGAUGAAUCGGAGACGUUAUCAGAAAACGUCGAACAAUAUGACUUAGUGGCACUAGAUAAUCAAGUGGUGUUCGAUCUUGAUGAACUUCUUAAGGCAUCUGCCUUUGUCCUUGGUAAAAGUGGUAUUGGCAUUGUGUACAAAGUUGUGCUUGAAGAUGGACUUAACUUGGCUGUGAGGAGACUAGGUGAGGGUGGUUCCCAAAGAUUUAAGGAAUUCCAGACGGAGGUGGAAGCAAUUGGAAAACUCAGACAUCAAAAUAUCGUGACUCUUCGUGCCUAUUAUUGGUCUGUCGAUGAGAAGCUACUGAUAUAUGACCUCAUUCCAAAUGGAAACCUUGGCACUGCAAUUCAUGGGAAACCUGGUAUGGUGUCAUUUACACCUCUUUCGUGGUCCAUUCGACUGAAAAUAAUGAAGGGAACUGCAAAAGGUUUGGUCUAUUUACAUGAGUAUAGUCCUAAGAAAUAUGUUCAUGGUGAUCUAAAGCCAUCUAAUAUAUUGCUUGGGCACGAUAUGGAACCCAAAAUCUCCGACUUUGGACUUGGUCGUCUUGCUAAUAUAGCCGGAGCAUCCCCUCCUUUGCAAUCCAACCGCCAGCUGGCUUCACAACAAAGUAAGCAAGGCAGUGCACCAUCUGAGUCGGGGACAGUUACGUCGACUACGACUUCCGGUUCUUGUUACCAAGCUCCCGAGGCGUUGAAAGUGGUGAAACCAUCACAGAAAUGGGAUGUUUACUCUUACGGAGUCAUCUUGUUGGAAAUGAUUACGGGAAGAACCCCGAUUAUUCAAGUAGGUCCUACAGAAAUGGAUCUUGUGAACUGGAUUCACUGGUGCAUCGAAGAGAAGAAGCCACUUUCGGAUGUAUUGGACCCGUAUUUAGCUCAAGAUGCUGAUAAAGAAGAGGAAAUGAUUGCAGUUUUGAAGAUUGCAAUGGCGUGUGUUCACAGCAGCCCGGAGAGGAGACCUUCGAUGAGGCACAUAUCCGAUGCAUUAGAAAGACUGCCAGCUUCCUCUGAAUGAAAGAUCGAAUAAUGCCCGUGUAUCAUUUCAUCUAACUGAUAUUAUGGAAAUGGAUCACUGCUUGGAGCGAAGAGACGACUGUGCAAAAAUAUUUAUUGACUAACAGUAGUAAUCCCCACUUGUUUGUGAAGGAAAGUCUUCUUGAAGAGCAUGCCAAAAAAGAUUGUUUCUGUUUCUUGUUUGUUAAUGCUUAAGAAUAUUGGGUUCUUGCUUUAAUUGCAGGCUUUUUGUUGUGUAUUUGUUGUACCUUUUAUUGAUCAAGAACAUAGAUUAUUGUUCUCUCUUUAUUGCUACUA